AUGUAUGUAAAAGGCAGUGGAAUGCCUCCACGCCAGUCAAACAAAAAUCCCUCUUCUUCACGAAACUCAAAUCUCUCUUCUCAUCCAUGUGCUCUCUUCGCCUGUCGAGUGUGUAGACGAGCCACCGCAUUAGACAGUCAACACCUCACAUGCACCGCAACUUUCCCAACAACGAUCCCAACAACAACAACAAUGGAAAUCCCUACAAACACAACGCCAAUAUCUUCACCAGUUGUUAAACAACCGUUGAGUGGUGGCAAUAGUUUCUUAAGAAGUUCAUGGACAUUAUUGCGUCCAGAAGAAGAAAUAGAAGAACGUCGACGACGACGAGAAGAGGCAUUACAUCGGCUGAACACAAUAAGAAAAGAAUAUCUACAAGAAAAAGAAAUACAUCAAUGUAUGGAAAAGAAGAAAGAGGAUUAUUGUGAGAGUGAGAAUAGAUGGGAACAACAAGAGACGGUGUGGAAACAGCAAUUACAUCCAGCGGUGCGGGGUUCACUCUUCACAGCCGCUGGGAAGUACACAUCACUCACACCAUCACCCCAUUCACCGUGGAAACAUAAAGACUAUGCACAAUUAAAAAGGAAUUGGAAAGAAAAAAGUAAAUCUUCUUUUUCUUCCUGCAGUUGUUCUCCUGAUCUUAACAACAAUAACUAUAUAAAUUGUAAUAGUAAUAGUAAUAUACAUACAAUGUAUACAACGGAUGAUGUUAGACGUAAAAGAGCCUCUAUACAAACCCGCAUGGUUUCAUCUCUUUCAUCUUAUUAUCUCUAUCCAUAUAUGUGGUUUGCUGAACGUGAGGCCACUGUGUAUAUGCAAGAGAUGUGGUGUGCACUUUAUAAUAGUUCCAUGCCUCCACCGACUUCUUCCACUUAUUUAACUAUUCAACGUGGGGAAUUUCAACAACAACAACAACAACAAUAUCUUUUUACUAUGGGAACAUCAUUGAAAGAUCAGGCGUUAUCAGGAAAAAUCUCACACCUUUCUUUACCAAAUGUUGGUAUACCACAAGUAUCUAAAGAAGAAGAAGAAGAAAAUAAUAAUAAUAAUAAUAAUAAUAAUAAUAAUAAUAAUAAUAAUAAUGCUACUACUACAACAGCAGCAGUAUCACCUCAUAUACCUUUUUCAUUUCGUGAAAUACCAAUUCUUAAUAUUUCUAGAAUUGAGGCAAUGCGAUUACGUGAAGAGGAGAAGUAUAAUGAUAGUUCAACUACAACAACAACAACAACUACUACUACUACUAGUAAUAAUACUACUGCUGCUGUUCCUUCCAAUACAACGAGAUUUACAUCUAUGGCGUUUAAUCGUGUGAGAGCAGCUACUAUGCCAUUAAUUACAUCAUCUCAACAACAACAACAGGAAGAACAACAACAACAGGAAGAACAAGAGGAAGAGGAACAACAACAACAACAACAAGAAGAAGAAGAGAAAUCACCCAAUAGACUUUUAAGAGAAGUAUUUCUAAUGAACCUUUCUCGACAACUCAUGCGUUAUGUUGUGCAUACAAGUGAAAUAGAUCUCCCAUUGUGUCCACGGUGUUGGCGAGAGGCGUUGGAAAUACAGCAGAGGACCACAACUCACAUUUUGGAAGAUGUCUCUAAUCUCUCUAUUGCCCAUACAAGAUGUGAUAUUGUGAGUCUUGUCCUCUGUUAUCGUCAUUAUUCUAUACAAAGAAUGAAAGGGUUUCAUCAUGAAGAGAUGGAAAAGAAUGUUGUAAAUGAGAUUGUUUAUAGUAGUAAUAGUAAUAGUACUAAUAGUAAUAGUGAGUGUUUAUUCCACACACCGAAAUUAAUGGAUAAAAACAUGAGAGAUAAUAAUAAUAAUAAUAAUAAUAAUAAUAAUAAUAAUAAUAAUAAUAAUAAUAAUCAUUAUCAUCAUGGGAUAGAUAUAGUUAAGCAGUCAAAAGAAGAAGAAGAAGAAAAAGUAAAUAAUCAAGAACAACAAGAAUCAUUGCAGCGAUUACAAAUAGAAGUGGAAGAAGCAGAAACACGAUCGCAACUCCUUUCUAUUCUCUCCCGUAUACUUAAAGAAGAAAUCACAAUCAUUGCAGCUUCACGAAAAGCCUGUCAUUCCGCUUUAAAUACCGUAAUCGCCUCUUAUAAUGCCCAACAAGUAUCUGCCUUCUUUGAUGUAAUAGAUGUAGACUCCAGUGUAAAUGUACGUAUGCAGCAUGUAAGGUGUAGUUCUACUUUUAUCAUUAACACUCAGGCAUUAUUAUUAGCAUUUCCUAUUAACACCAGUGGUGAGAUUGGGAUGAUUGCAGGAUUACGAUUAGGUCACUAUAUUCCCCCUCCAUCACGACAAGGUACAGUUUCUACUCGAUUACAAGAUAUUCAUCGUAUAGAAACAACAACAACACCUCCAACACUCAUGGGAUCUGUCAUGCAAUUUCAUCAAAGUAUAGAGGCAUCUAUUUUACUACAUACAUUACAAAUACAAAAUUGUUAUACUCGAAGUAUACUUGGAAGUCGUUCAGAGUUUGUAAGUGUAGCGGAGAUUAAUCAUGCCUGUGGAUUAUUACUAUUACUAUUACUACGACUGACGGAAAUGCAUCAUAUCACUCUUACUACUGCAGUCCUUCAACCCAAUGGGGCUCGCAGUACUGUAAUCGCUAUCACUAUGCGGGGUUCCCCACCAAAGAAGAUAUUACAUAGUAAUGACUUUUUCAUUAGUGAAAAGUUUUUUGCCUGGAAAACAUUUGGAGCGGCUUGUAUUACUGUAGCGGCGUGUGUACGUGAAAUUGCCCUUUGGUUAAAGAAGGAAUUACAGACAUUAACAGAGAAAUGGCGUUUACGAUUGACAAGUGAAGAAAGUCUACACACAACGGCUUCUUCCUAUCCACCGUAUGAUAUUGCGCAUGAUCGUGUAGAUGGAUGUUCAGUGCGGCACGGUUCCGUGAGUGAUGAGAUGUGGACGAUUGGAAUGAAGAAGUUGUUAACUGUAGUCCAGUGGUGUGUGCGGGCCUCAAGGGAUGUGCAGAAUCUUCAACAAUUGCUAAAUGAUGGAUAA